CGAGCGAUUCUAUAAAUAGUUGGCCUGGCAUCGCGCAGUAUAAGUCGACCUUGUCCUUUCGCUUAUAUAAAACCUUCGGCCGCGAAUUGCAGCUUCAUUUGAUCCCGGUCUGUCAGUAGGCGCGUAUAGACUCCCUCGCACUAAUCCGAACGACAAAUAAGAGACGAGGAAUUAGGUGAGCAGUUACAAAAACGGAUUCACCACGCGCUUUUUCAUCCGUCAACAGUGAGUUUAACACGGUUCGGAUUAUCCCUGCGGUAUUGAAAAAGGAAAAAAGUGAGCACUACUUCGGAACUGUGGACCUUGGCCAAAAUACAUUUGUUAUACAAGAUGGCCUGUUAUUCAUCAACGACAAAAAAAAACACCUUCCCUUGGAUUUAAUCGGCGAGUUUAACGAAACUCUCUCGGAUCUGCAGGGCGGGGUGUUGGAUGUGCGCCGUUCCUUAUUCUUAACGAAUUUUCCGACAUCGAUCACCUGUGGGCGGCACGCCAUUGAACACGAUCAAGGUCCACGCAUCCAGAAAGAUUGAGCUUCCGCGUGAAGAAUAAUGAGAAGAACAUGAAUUCCUUGCAAUGCAUCGCAGUGUGGGACCAGCGGGAAAUCGAUUAGCAUAAGUGACGAUUUAAAGGCGUGUAUACGAUAACCCAGCGACGUUUUAAACUACCCAGCGUGACGCGUGGGUGGAUCGAUUGAAUUGUAAAACGUACCCGUGGGUGAUAUAACCUUGACGAAUUUAUGGAGACGAUGAAAAAGUGGUGUAGCUGAAAAAGCCGUCCAACAGUUUCAAGGAAUAACAAGUCGAAGCACAAGUGUUGGCAGAUAAGCAAACAACGUAUGCUUGAUUGACUUUCCGCGUAUAUCUCGUCUCUUCGCGUAAGGAAAUCCCACUAUCGCAUGGAUCUGGACUACCACAUUGUUGGGGAAUUCUAAAGCUGUUGACGUGAUUGAAUCUGACCGUUUGAGAUGACGUCGAAGAUGACGAAGAGUCACAUUUUCACCUCAUUUGUCCUCGCGUUCUUGGCGACGGUCUCCUCAGCCAACGCUGACGGCGGUAAAUGCGAAAUGCUACUGCCCCAGGAUGGCAGAUCUAUCGUGUAUUCGUGCGUCGAGGCGACCCUUGAUCACCUCCAGAGUAUUCCGAGUGAAGCCGAGUGGAUACAAUUCUCAGUUUCGAAAUUACCAAACAUUCCGAAAGGGGCGUUUUCCAGGUUCAACCUGCGCAGAUUAUCCUUCUACAACUGCGACGUGAGGCACAUCGAUCCAGAGGCCUUCGAAGGCCUCGUCAACCUCAGAUGGCUGACCUUCUAUGGAUUGACCGUAAAUGUUAUCAGAGCGUCCUGGUUCAAAGGCUUGACGAGCCUCACCCACCUUUCGAUGGAGAACAACCAAAUCAUGUACAUCGAGCCAACCGUAUUCCUGCGCAUCCCCAAUCUCGAAUAUUUGAACAUUGAGAACAACGAGUUGAGCUGUUUACCGUACCACGCCCUGACGCCGUUGAGGAAACUCAGAAACAUGCGAACCCGUAAGAACCCAUGGCUUUGUCAUUGCUACAUGGAGCUCGUAGUUUGGAUGGCGAAUCGUCAGAUAAACAUGGGAGCAAAAGAUGCGCUGUCGAAAUUCAAAUAUGAGUGCAUGGAAGAUUUUGGCCCCAGAUCAAGCAUCUCGGAAUUACACACGUACAAAUGGACCGCAUUGAGCAGCGAGGAGUACCAAAAAAUGUACAAAAAUGCAUCGUCAUCGCAAACGGAGUAUGUUUCAUUGAGCUCAACGGAGUUAUCCAGGAUCCCAGAUAACACGGAAUCGAUAAAUUUUGAAAGAACUAAGAUAAGAAUGAUAGAAGACUUCGCCUUCUUCCGAUUUGGGAACAGCUUGAGAAGCCUUAACUUCAGCAGCUGCAGUAUAAAUCAAAUUGAGCCGGAAGCUUUUGUCGGGUUGUCAAAACUGGAGCAACUCGUUCUCUUCAAUAACAGCAUUAAUGAGGUCAAGUCUGAAUGGUUCAAAGAUCUUUACGGAUUGAAGGAACUCGUGUUGGAUGGUAAUUUGAUAACACAUAUACCGCAAAGUCUGUUUCAAUCACUUGGAAAUAUAGAAACUUUGAGUCUCAAUGGCAACAAAAUACAGUGCCUUUCCACCGAUUCAUUUUCGUUUCUAAAGAAACUCAAAAGAGUGAACAUUGAGGACAAUCCGUGGGUCUGUGACUGCCAGAAAGAGUUUAGAGCUUGGUUGGAUAAGAAACAAAUCGGGUACAAAAUGUCUACUGGAAAAUGUACGAAUGAAAAGAUCGAAAAAAAUCUGCAUCGAUCUGAAACGGAAUAUGAGAGCGGUGUAAAUAAGUCUGGAAGCGUGGUAACAGAAAUUAAAAAUCAAGAGGCCGAAACGACCCACGGCUCUGUGAUUCAGUCCAACGAAGGCUUUCCUACACACUUUGGAAACUAUCACGAAGAACAGAACGAAGAGAUCGCAAAAAACGAAGCUCAACACGAACAAAAUAAAAAAAUCACCAGUUAUGAACACUACCUCAAUAUAACAGAACGGCAACAGCAACAAUCAGAAUAUAAAAUGCAACAGCAGCAUUCACAGAAAACCAUGCAACAGCAACAAUCAGAAUAUAAAAUGCAACAGCAGCAUUCACAGCAAACCAUGCAACAGCAGCAGCAGCAGCAGCAGCAGCAGCGGCAGCAGGAGCUAAUACAACCGCAAUCACAACAAACGAUACAAAUGCAAGAACAUCGCGAACAAAAUUGGAAAACACACAAUUGGGAAUAUAAACCACGUCCUCAGACUGGCUGCACUGCAUUAGGGACAAAUCUGGAUAGUUUUACAGAGAUAUCGCGAAAAGACUUUGGACCUCCGGGAGAUUGUCGAAUAGUAAAAUCGCGAUGGUCUUUUGUUAGAAGAUCGUACUUGUGUUCAGAUGCAACACUAUCGAAUUUGAGUAGGAUUCCUGAGCAGGCUGAAUCAAUAACAGUUCAGAACUCUGUGAUACCCCACUUGCUCGAUAAUACAUUUGCCCGCUUCGGAGGUAACCUCCGAGUUCUCGAGCUAAUAAAUUGCAGCAUCCAGCACAUAACACCUCGAGCUUUUGCGGGGCUGGUGAACUUGCAAGAACUUAAUCUCAACCUGAAUUACAUCACGGAGGUACGAACUUCCUGGUUUGAGGCCAUGCCUUCUUUAAGACGGCUCAGUUUGUCGUGCAAUCAUAUCCAACGAGUCGAAAACGGUGUGUUUUUCUUAUUGAAAAAACUCGAAUAUCUUGAGAUAAGAAAUAACCGACUGAAUUCAAUCGGAACCGAAUCAGUCUCGUCCAUGUCGAGCAUGCGCGUAAUGGCCAUCGAUAAUAAUCCGUGGUCCUGCCUCAACCUACAUAAGCUGGUCGAAUGGAUGGAUAGUCGUGACAUAUAUUACGACAAGAAUCGUUUGAAGCUAGGUUCACACUGGGAUUGUAUAGGAAGCAGUACUGUAUACUCACGUGACGGGAGCAACGUUACAACAGGUGGAAUCCCAGGAAGUACUUCCACGACUUCUCCAACACUUCCAUCACUUCCACCACCACCGCCCCAUCCGCUACGAUCCUAUCGAUGCACCUUCGACCUAAAUAGUCAGUACGGUAUCAACAGCCGUGAAUGCGUUGGUGGUGAUCUGCAUAUUCUGGAGGAAAUCCCGAGUAACGCUGAGAGAAUCAAGAUCACAAAUGCCAUGAUUCCACAAUUACCAGCUGACGCCUUUGCUCGAUUCACAAACUUAAGGGAGUUGCUGUUCUACAACUGUAGCAUUGAAGAUAUCGAUCAGUUCGCGUUCCGUGGAUUGCGUAAAUUGCAGCUGCUAACUUUAGUUGAUAACAGAAUACCGAUUGUCAGAUCGGCAUGGUUCUCUGAACUCAACGCACUGACUAAACUUCAACUGGCGAGAAACUCCGUGACGGAAAUUGAGGCCGACACUUUCAGCCAUCUGCAGAAUCUGCAGGAACUUUCCCUGAAGGACAACAAAAUCGAUUGCAUCUACACAGAAUCGUUGAGUCCUUUGAAAAAUCUUAAGGUAGCGUCGUUUGAAGAGAAUCCGUGGAAAUGGGGAUGUCUGAAGGGAUUGGAAGACUUCGUUCAAAGACGUAACGUCAGUGCUACAAAGUUCGAUACUUAUCACGGUAGAGUUAUAAAUUGCGGCAUAUGUUACACAAAAGAAGGCACGGCAUCGCCUAUCACGAAUUCGAAAGGAACUACGAACACUUCGAUCUCGGCGGUCAAUGUGAUAUGCGUCUCCAUAGCUAUGCUUAUUUUCACCAAGUUCGCAUCGACCAUGAAGACAAUCGUUUCUACAAUAACUUGGCUGCUUUUGGUCAUCGCUUUUUGUACCGCGGUCAACAAUAGGUGCAAAAUCGUAACGACUGACGACAACAGAAACAGCGUAUACUCUUGCGUCCAGGCUACUUUCGACGAUGUACUUGACAUUCCUGACGAUGUAGAAUGGAUACAAUUUUCCAUUUCAAAGUUUCCUCAACUUCCGGAUAAAGCGUUCUCCAGGUUAGCCCUUCGCGGGUUAUCUUUCUACAACUGCGACAUCGGACAUAUUCACCCCAAUGCGUUCGAGGGUCUUCGAAGCCUGGAACAAUUGACCUUUUACAGGUCGAAUAUUCGCAUUCUCAAAGCUUCGUGGUUUGAAACAUUGCACAACCUGACCCACCUUUUCUUGAACCGAAAUGACAUAGUGUACAUUGAGCCAAAUGUAUUCACGUUAACCCCCAAACUCCGGUAUUUGAACAUCGAGGAUAACAACGUGAACUGCAUAUCGAAGGAAGUUCUCGAUUCUUUAGGAAGCCUGGAACAUGUCCGACUGGGCAAAAAUCCUUGGCUAUGCAGUUGUUACGCGGAGCUCUUGGAGUGGGUGAACGACAGAGGCAUCAAUUACGGAUUGAGAAACUCAAUGGGAGAGAGAUUGGCGUGUAUGGUCGAAGAUGUAGAUUCAAUUAGAGAUUACUCACUACCGUUCUACAAGACAUUUAGAAACAUUUCCGUUUCACAGAAUGGAUACAUCGAAAUGAACAUAGCGAAGUCUGUUCGUUGCGUUGGAAAGAACCUUGCAGCUCUACACGAGAUGCCAGAUAACGCGAUAGCAAUCAGCUUUACAGACUCGCAAAUCUACAAAUUACCACGAUACGCCUUCUUCAGAUUCGGAAACUCUUUGAGGAGUUUGUUUCUCAGGAAUUGCAGCAUUAGCGAAGUGGACCCAGAAGCAUUCGUCGGUUUAUCGAGAUUGAAGGUGCUGUACAUAUUCAACAAUAGUAUCACCACGGUGAAGAGCGAGUGGUUCAAGGAUCUUCAUAACCUUGAGUACCUUAUUUUGGCUAGAAAUGCAAUCAAGCAUAUCGAGCCGAACGCGUUUGUGCUCCUCAGUAAACUGAAAUAUCUGACCCUAAUCAACAACAAGAUACAGUGCAUGUCCCCGUACGCUUUCGACCCACUGAAGCACCUCACGGAGGUCGUUUUAUUGUACAAUCCUUGGAUGUGUAGCUGUCAGGAAGGACUUCGGAAGAGGUUACACGAGAAACGAGUUAGUUAUACCGUAUCGCGUGGGCCAUGCAUAGGCGGAUACGUACAGGACAGCGAUGACCUGUAUGAUCAGACGUUCGAAAGACGAGAGGUAAAAGUCAAAGGCCAGAAAACUGGACUGGCCAAAAGUUCGGAAGUAACUCUGAAAGUUGACGGUAGAAAUUGGAUAAACAAACAAAGACCAGAAGUUAUGGAGGUAGAGGAGGUUGUUCACAAUCGAAACAUCGAAAUUUCCAACUAUGAAUACUACCGUCUCCGAGCAGAAGAACAGCUAGACAAUGCAUUGGCGUUCGAACGAACAGAACUCAAAUGGACAACGUCCCCGAUUGAAAUGACUACAGAGGUCGAUGAAGGAGAAAAUUGGCAUGUAACAGUAAUUCCAUCAGAAAAUUCGUACAGUUUUCGCUGGGGCACAAUAUGGGCUGUCUCAUUAAUUCCUGCGGAUGCAGAGGUCAUUAAAUUUUAUGCAAGUGAUGUACAAACCGUAUUCACUGGCAUUUUUGCUCGUUUCGGUGAGAACUUGAGAGUACUUAAAUUUGAAAGAUGUCCUGUACAGGAUAUUGAGCCACAAGCCUUUGUCGGGCUCGUAAACCUGGAAACACUUGUCUUGACCUACAGUAAAAUCCAUGUGGUUAAAUCUGCUUGGUUUGAAAAUAUUCCGAAUUUGCGAAAAUUAAAUUUAUCACACAGCCCGAUUACUAAAAUCAAUGGAGGUAUCUUUGAGAUACUGAGAAAUCUGGAAGAGCUUGACAUUUCACACAACAAAUUGAACUGCGUUAACAUGAACGGACUCUCUCACCUUACAAAGUUAAAUAAAAUUCAUAUUCACGGUAAUCCUUGGUCGUGUCUGUGUCUGAGAACGCUGAAGGAGUGGCUAGACGAGCAGCAGAUCCAGUACGAUACCGAUUUCUCUGUCGAAGGAAUACUUUGGAAUUGCACCAAAGAAUACUCAAGCUUAAAAACGGCCAGCGAUCAUGAUACCAACUCCAUCGACAGCAUGAGUCCUUACGCCGAGGAAGAAAUGGAGGAGACAAAGAGAGUCAACAAUGUUCGAAGUUUUGAGAAGACCCGGGAAGAAACUUCGAGCUUGAUGGGAAAUUUUAAAAUUAUGCAAAUUGAUGAUAACAGCGUAGACCUGACCGUAACAGGCCAAAGAAUUGACGAAAAUGUUUCAACACCUAGUACCGUAGAAUCAGACACCGAAGUCCCUGAGGACCGAUGCUCGCUCAUUCAAAUGUGGCGGCUCCCCUUAGAGGUUUGGGUGUGCAAGGGUGGCGAUAUUCAGAUUUUGGAACAAAUACCAAGCGGCGCAGAGAGAAUUCAGAUCACCACCUCCGAUAUAUCCGUUAUUCCAGCCAACGCCUUUGUGCGCUUUUCAAAUUUAGUAGACUUGAUUUUUUACAACAUCAACGUUAGCGACGUGCACCCGUUGGCUUUUGCUGGCCUGAAUAAACUGGAGAGGUUGAUUUUCCGGGAAACAAACAUAACGACGGUAAGAUCGUCCUGGUUGCACAACCUCCCCAAUCUUACACGGCUUGGACUAGCAUGGAAUUUGAUCUCGGAAAUCGAACCUGACGUAUUUGAUUACCUGCCCAACCUCGAGACACUCGCCAUCCAGGGGAACAACCUUAGGUGCAUUUACACCAGCUCUCUUUCGUCUUUAAAAGAUCUGAGAGUUGUUACAAUGCAAGCUAAUCCCUGGAAAUGGAGAUGUCGUGAAGAAUUAACGAAUUUUCUUUACGCCCGUAACAUCACCUACGAAAUUUCUGGAACUACCGACGGACAACGCGUUAUUCCUAACUAAUUUCUUAGCGUCCAAUAACUUUGCGUCGGAAUAGUACCAUCCUCACCAUGUUCGGACGUGAAGAAGGGCAUGUCAAUCGUCUUAGUGCCUCGCCUGACAGUCUUUAGGAGAAGAAUGGAAUCAAUAUUCAAAAGUUGCAUUGCUCGCAAUUAGCCAGAUUGUCACCUCAAUGAAAUCCUUAACUCCGCCGAAAUAUUGUAUGUAUUAGUAAUGUGGCUGGGGUAUUUAUAAAUAUAAGAGUUUUGUGUUAUCAUCACUCAUUGACUAUAGUUUCAAUUUGCAAUAUCCAGCUAGUGCCGUCCGUCAAUUUCGCCGUCUCUCGACUUGAGCGAUACUGAUGUUAUACCUGCUUAUAACCGCGAGAAAAGUUUACAUAUUUACGUCUAUUUUCUCUAAUGCUUAUAAUUUAGGUCAAAAGCUGUGUAUUAGGGCGGUGGAAAAAGUACGAUUUUUAAAACGUCGAUCCGACGUCUGUGCGGCGAGAAAACUCAGAAACCUCAUAAUAAAAUAAUAAUAUUUUACAGU